CCGCGAGCUACGGUACAGCCCAGGCUGCGUGGUGCUUAUAUAGGCCUCUUCUCGCCGCAGAGAUCUUCCAUCAUCCAACUCGAAGCUCUCUCAGAUCGACGCUCAUCCAGCUCACUCUAGCCAACCACAGCUCACAAUGGCCAACACGAAGAUGGAAUACGUCCGCCUCGGCAACUCCGGCCUGAAGGUCUCCAAGAUCAUCCUGGGCUGCAUGUCCUACGGCUCGCCCGAGUGGCAGGAGUGGGUCCUCGCCGAGGAGGAGGGCAUCAAGCACAUCAAGUUUGCCUACGACCACGGCAUCACGACGUUCGACACCGCAGACGUGUACUCGAACGGCCUGUCGGAGGUCACCCUCGGAAACGCGAUCAAGAAGCUGAACCUCCCGCGCGAGGAGCUCGUGAUCAUGACCAAGCUGUUCAGCCCGGUGCCGAAGGCCGCAAACGUGAACGUCUGGGUCCCGGGCUUCGACCCGCUCUCCCAGGGCAUCAUCAACCAGCAGGGCCUGAACCGCAAGCACAUCUUCGAUGGCGUGAAGGCGUCGCUGAAGCGCCUUCAGCUUGACUACAUUGACGUCCUGUUUUGCCACCGCUUUGACAAGGAGACGCCGAUCGAGGAGACGAUGCAAGCGCUCCAUGACGUCGUGAAGGCCGGCUACGUGCGCUACAUCGGCAUGAGCUCCUGCUACGCGUACCAGUUCCAUCAGAUGCAGAACUACGCGAUCAACAACAACCUCACGCCGUUCAUCGUCAUGCAGAACCACUACAGCCUGAUCUACCGCGAGGAGGAGCGCGAGAUGUACCCGACGCUCAAGCUCUUUGGCGUCGGCUCCACUCCGUGGUCGCCCCUCGGCCGUGGUCUGCUCACCCGCCCCAUGACUGAGGAGACUUUGCGUGGCAAGACAGACGGGUUCAUGUACUUCUUCCAGCAGCAGAGCAUCCCCAAGAUCGUCGGCCGCGUCGAGGAGCUCGCGAAGAAGAAGGGCGUGAGCAUGGCGAAGAUCUCCAUGGCCUGGGUCCUCUCCAAGCCCGGCGUGUCCGCGCCCAUCAUCGGCACCACCAACCUGAAGAACCUCGAGGACGCCCUCGGCGGGCUCGAGGUGAAGCUGACGGAGGAGGAGAUCAAGUACCUCGAGGAGCCGUACCAGCCCACGAACAUCAUCGGCCACUACUGAGUCUCCGCUGCAGAGACCGUAGAGACAUUCCGCAAGGUCGAGUCGUUGUAUAACAAUUAGUCGCACGAAUUUCAUGAAUGUUGAACGUUGAACGUUGAACGCG